AUGGAGCGGCCACCUGGCCCCAUGCAUGAGGUUAUCCGGCGCGUAUAUGAGGAUGUACGCCUUUACUCCAACUACUACGGUGCCAUCAAGCUAAUCUCGGCGGUGCUUCACCAGACGAGGGAUUUCGAGAGCAGUGCAGGACAGAAUGAUCUGUCAAAGCAGUUGUCUGUCGAUCAAGCAGGUGGAGCGUUCGAUGUACAAAAUGAUAGUGUAGUGGUAGGCACCAAGGCAAGUGAACAUAGCACUGCCAGCCAUGCAGGCGGUCAGCCAUAUCGCCAGCCAUUCAGUCAAACCGUUAUGCAGGGCACUGUCUUGCAGGGGGAUGUAGAUGGUAUCAGUAGAGUGAAGGAUGCGCGGCCACGUUUGGUUUUAAACCGCACACAGAGGCUUCGCCUACUGCUACUACGUGCCGAUGCGUACUCUGCAACGAAGCAACACGAAAAGGCCCUGGAAGAUGCCAAAGCCGCUCUUCAAUUAUCUAACGGCCGGUCAGCCGAGGCCUUUUUUAUCACGGGGAGAGAAUUGUUGCGUCUCUUCCGCAUCGCAGAAUCCGUGAGCGCCUUUGAGGAAGCGGAAUCGUUGCUUUUGAUGUCGAUCGCUGACGGCAGCCCGGUGGCAGAGGAAAUCACGGACGAAGACUUUUGGGCGCAACGUGGAUUUCAAAUGAAGGAUGUAGAAGAACUGAAGCUCAGCCGUCGUGAAGUAGAGCAGCGAGAGCAGGAAAACGUAGCAGCGGCGUGCAACGGCGCAAUUGGUGUGGAUGCGUCGCCAAACUCGUCUGAUCUGGGGACACCAAAAGGAGACACGCAUUACGACAAUCCCGACCUUGUCCAGUGGCGACGCCUCGAAAAGGAGGCACGGGCGUUACUCAAGAUGCGCACCUCGCGCACGUUACCUGUCAAUGUGCUCCAGACAACCCUUGCGCUUCUGGAUCGGCGCGUAAAUGCGAUGCGCAACGGCGUUGUAGCGUGCGUCGAGAACACCACCUCGCGGGCAUUCCGUUUGGUAGGGUACUCGUCGCCCGAUGCCACGUUUCACGCUGGCAUGGAAUUCCCAUCUACCAUUCCCCCUGGUUUCUGUGGCCUCGCGUUGCUACAUCCACGUGGUUGGGGUGGAUACAUUGGAUCCGUUUGCUACGAGGUUGCGGAGAAGAGUGUGUGUUGUUGUUUUUGUUUUGAAAGCUCCUUUAUGGGUACGCUGAAGUGCGGCGUGCGCUUUGUGUCAGAGCGGCGCAGCGUGGAGUUAAGUAACGCUGUUGCGGAUGUCGAGGCCAGCACGUUAAGCAGUGCUGUAAGUGGCAAUCCAAUAAAGGAGCUCUCUAACUUCAAAAUACCGAACCCCAGUCUGUGGCUUCCCACGCAUGUUGCCCCACUUUCUUCCGGGCGUAAGUUGAAGGUGUCGGGUGCGACGCGUGGUGGAAGCCGAUCGAUUGUAUUCUCCGUUGCGGAGGUGCUGCCCGUUCGUCUUCGCUCUGUGGAGCUUCUCACUGCAUUGGAAUUUGCGGGACCCGUGGUGAUAAGGAAAUUGAGUGCGGUGAGCAGGCGGUACCGCGAGUUGGUCAACAAUCUUCCACCACCCUUGUUGUACGGGGCUGGUCGCCGCGCGUAUCCGGACUAUUGCCUGCGGAGCGACCGUGUGAACUCGCCUUGGAUAGUGCAUGACAAGGAGCCAGUGAAGUGGAACUGCAUUUUUGAUGGACGUUCCAUCAAUAGGGAAAACUUUGUGAUGGUGGACUCCACGGACCUGCAGAACAACAUUCUGUGGGUUUCAGGCGAAAAUAGCGGGUCUGUCGAGGCGAUGGUGUACUACGGUGACAGACGUUCCCCCAUGGCGCAGAUCAAAGGCAGCUGGGUUCCAUUCAGCAACACGUUGUACUUAUGCACUCCGUCGGGACGCACAUUCGCCUCGUGUUUUCUCAACCAAAGCUCGCAACUGGCUUUGGCGUGGUCUGAUGCCGGGAUCAAGAGCAAGGUGGGUGACGUGCAGUACGUGAUGCAUCGGAGGGAGCCUUCACGACGCGGCGAUGCGAACGGGCGCGGUGGAUCCAUGUCGUCUUUCACUGCGCAAAACGGAAGCAUGGAUUUAAACCACACCACACUUGUUCCAACUACAGGUCCAAUUGUCACGUCGUGCCCGCUGGUCCCGACGGGAAGGACUAGUCGUGGCUCCACACCUGAGGUGUACGCAGUGUGGCGUCCCCUGCGCACGAGUGGCGGUGCUGUCGCGAGCAGCGAACCGAACCAAACAAAUGGAGGCAUGGAACUGGUGGCUGAGGUCACAAUUCACGUUCCCCAAACACAGACGCUACUGAAAGGUACUACGGUUGGUGAGAUCAAGCUGUUUGCAGGAGCCGACGCACUACUAGUUUCACUCAUGGCGUACUGUCGAUUCCAAUGGGAAAACUGA